AUGUCCACUUACACGAUCAAGCAGGGUGAUACCCUUUUUGAAAUCGCAAAGAAAUCCAACAUCUCCUUGGAACAGCUCGAAGCCGCCAACCCUGGCCUUGACCCCAAGAAACUCCAGCUAGGCCAGGUUAUCAAACUUCCUAGCAAGAGCAACAAUGGAGGCAAUCAAGGCGGUCCGCAGAAUCCAGCAAAAGGCAUCCCAGGAUCGCACGGUGGUACCAACGGCGGUGGGAACUAUGUGAACUAUGGCGGUCCAGCGUCAAAUUUCCCCAAUCCAUCGCAAUGGGCGACUUAUGACUUCCUCUGGAAGCAAAACUAUCGUCUAAUGAAGCUCAACGACUCGGACAGCGAGGUCGCUCAGAUUCACCAGGCAAUUGAGAAAGUCGCUUCAGAAUCAGGGGUCGAUGUGCGCGUUAUUCUUUGCAUCAUCAUGCAGGAGUCGGGAGGCAAUGUGCGUGUUCGAACGACAAACAACGGGGUCCGGAACCCAGGGAUCAUGCAGUCACAUAACGGGGUCGAGUUUGAUCCUGCGAAGCCCGCUGCUAGCAUUUUGCAGAUGGUCAGGGAUGGGACAGAGGGUACAAAAAGUGGACCUGGAUUGAAGCAGCUGAGAGCCAAGCAUGGAAACUAUUAUACAGCUUUUAGAGCUUAUAAUUCAGGAUCUGUGAACGAGAAGGACUUAAACGACCCUGUGGGUGCAACAGCGGAUUAUGUGCAGAAAACCGCAAACAGACUGAUGGGUCAUUCUUGGAAAGGGAUGUGA